GAAAGUAACAGAUGGACUUGUGAGGAUUAGAGAAAUCUGGGUGGUUUCUGAUAGAAACUCACCCAAGACAGAGGAGGGAGUGACGAGGGAGCGUAGAGGGAAGGUGAAGGAAACUGAAUCUCUGCUGGAGGAGAGGUGAAAGAAACAUAAAGAGUCCUCAAACACGGUGGUCGUCCAGUCAAAGACAGCUGAUGAGUGUCAGUUGGCAUUAAUCUCAUCCACCUAACCCUGCAAGAUUAACACAGAUUACCAGACCCAGAGGUAGGCCUGAGAUACCGGACUAAUCACUCCUUUGCGAGCUCAAUCCCACUCGCAGAGGUUGAGGAACAGGUUGAAGAACAGGAUGAGUCCUGAAAGCGUGACUGAUUAGUCGCAAAAUCCGCAGGAUAAGAUUUAGACGUUUAUCUUCAUCCAGGAGGAGAAAAGGUUAUAAAACAGAAAAGGAUCUGAGUCAUAAUGGCAGAGGAAAUGUGGUCUAGGGUUACAGCUUGAUGAGAAGAAAUGUGUGGAAUCAGACAUGUCGCCUGGCUUGUGCCGUAAUAUCAAGAAGAAAAGGGAGGUUUAAACUACUCUGCUGAUUUCUUUGAAACUGGACUAGGAGGAGAGCUGGAGUUCCUCCUGCAACCUCUGGCCCACACAUCUGUCUCUUUCUUACUCGCUCAAAGUGAUUAAAUCCCAGCACUUCAUCUUCCUCCAUUCCCUUGUCCUCUGACCUCCGCUCAUCGACUGCUCUCCUUCCUCAAGCUCCCACCCUCCCUUCAUCUUUCCACCUGACCUCUGACCUUUGUUCCACUUCUCAAACAUCCCUAAUCCCCUCCACCCACUUCUUCUCUCUUUUCUCUUUCAACCGUCCGCAAUGAAUCAAUCACCACAACAACAACCCGCGACACUUUAUCUGGACUUGUUACUGCAGUGUCACGGAAACCCCCUCGCUCCUCUCAUCCUCAUCCUGAUUGGUCAACAGAGCCUGUCAUGCUCUUGCAGCCAGUAUUGAACAGAGAUCAACAUUCAACGUGAAGCUGAAGCACACUCUGUGGUCAUCAUAACUCAUUUCUCCCUGAGUUUCUUCAAGUCCAGAAGCAACAAUGCUGGAGAACAUGUCCAGGCGUAACCGCUCCCUGCUGUCACUUUCCCUCACUUCACUGGCCCUCACCUUGUCCGUCUCAGCUUUCUGCACCUCCUAUUGGUGUGAGGGGACACACAAGGUGGUGAAGCCUCUCUGCCUCUCACCUGUCAAGAUGAAGAACUGCGGGCAGAACAACAGCCAGCCGUAUACCACAGAGACCCCCACCCCGGACCCAAGGCACCCUCCCUCCAAUGUGACGCUGUCUCCGCUGCAGAGGGAGGAGCUGGCCAGGAUAAAGAGGAAGCAGUUGGCCAAUGCAGUCCACUACAUCUGGGAAACAGGCGAGGACAAGUACAUGCUGCGCUAUUUCCACACCGGCUUCUGGCUCUCCUGUGAGAAGCACAAUGAAGGCGAGGAUCAGGAAGAGAAGUGUCGCAGCUUUAUUGAGCUGACACCAGGAGAGACACAAGGUGUCCUCUGGCUCUCAGUCAUCAGUGAGUUCACGUACAUUGGUCUUCUGGCCAUGGGCUUCCUGCUUAUGUGUGUGGAAGUGAUGUGCCUCUGUGCCAAGAGGGAGAUGAACGCCCUCAAGAUCAAUGCCUUCGCCGCCAUGUGCACUGUCCUCUCAGGUAUGAUGGGGAUGGUAGCACACAUGAUGUACACCACAGUGUUUCAGAUGACUGUGAGCAUCGGGCCCAAAGACUGGAGGCCACAGACAUGGGACUACGGAUGGUCUUUUGCCAUGGCGUGGCUGUCGUUCAGCUGCUGCAUGGCUGCUGCUGUGGCCACACUCAACUCCUACACCAAGACCAUCAUCGAGAUGAAGCACCGCGCCCGGGUGAGGCUGGAGGAGGCUCGCGCUGCUGCCCGUGCCCCCUCCUACGAGGAGGUUGUUCGAGCAGGCAGCGGAGGGGUUUACUCCGUCAGUCAGCUAAUUCAGCUCGCAGGAGGAGUCGGGGGAAUGGGUUUUGGAACAAUGGGAGCACUGGGGGGAGUGGGAGGAUGUGGGAUGGACCCUCAUGGUAUGGUGGUGGUGGAGGGAUGUGGUGCUGAAGGAUGUGAAGACUGUGAACGGGAAAUGGAUGAGAUAGAUUAUGCUCUGCAGGAGGACAGAGAGGACUCACUCUGCUAAGACUUUUGGGGACAGAGGACUGUGACAAACAUCUUGUCAGGAUUUGAUCUACACAUUGUAUUUGAUUGAAACUACAUUCCAAGACUACAACACUUAAACACAUACCUUCAAAAAUUAUUAUUAUUAACAUGAUUAUUAUUAUUAUUAU